UACACGCUAUUUCGAACCUCGCUAUUGUAGAUGUCGUUCCACAGAAUUUUUUUUUGGCAGAAUUUUCCAGCAGUUUGCGGUUAGUUUGGUAUUUGGUGGAUAUGUGGCGCACCCAUAAUGCAACGUAGCCGGUUCUAGGUCAACUUACGAGAUUAUUAGAGAAUGACUAGAGAAGCAAACCGGUAUAAACAAAAUUUGAAAGAAAAUGAGUGAACGGGGGUUUUCUUAUAUAGCGAAAUUUCUUUGAGAUUUUGAUACCCGGAAUAUCGUUGUAUAUUUUUUCAUUUAAUUAUACUUGUAAAAUUGAUAUUCGAUUAAGAGAUUUUAUUAUUGGGUGAGUCGACAACACCCUAGUCCACCCAUCAGAUGGCGGGUAUGUUCUGUGGUGUCUUUAUCUAUGACAAGUGCUCUUGCACGUAAGGUUAUAUUAACCUCUGUGAUCUGUGGGUUAUAUUAGUGUUUUGCAUGAGAUAAAUAUUGCUAUAUUUGUAAUUUACUAGGGUUAUUGCGUAUUUACCUUGUUAUAAAACAAUUUUCAUCUGGUAUUCGUUCAGACUUGAAGUAAUACCAGUUGCGCCGUAAUUUUUAAUAGACCCAGGCCUAAAUUCGCACGUGUAGUGGAAGGUAAAUUACAGUGAAAACAUCAGCAAAGCAAUGGCACAGUUCGAUUAUAACAGAAAAUCCCAGGAUGUUGAUGUCCGCGAACGAGACUGGGAUCAAAAGGCGAUAAGUAGCACUUCAUACAUCAAUGAAUAUGAAGACCGAGAGAGCCCCAGACAAGCAGAAAGGCGAAAAGAUCAGAAGACAUCCCCCCGGGCAAGAAACAUGGGUGUAUUGCAUGAAGCUUUAAGCGAUAUUCGCUCAGGUUUGAGAGUUUUGAUCCUGAUGCGUGGCUUGCCAGGAUCGGGGAAGUCAACAUUGGCCCGAACAAUCCUACAGAACACCAUUGGCUAUGAUGAGACGACUGCAAGGGACCACAUCCUAUCAACUGAUGACUAUUUUAUGAAUAACGGCGUCUACAAUUACGAUGCCGCCGAUUUGACUGCAGCGCAUGGUUGGAAUCAUCAAAGGGCCAAUAGAGCGAUGUCGAACGGCUUCAGCCCCGUGAUAAUCGACAACACUAAUGCGGCCAUGUGGGAAAUGAAGCCCUAUGCCAUCAUGGCAACGGAUUAUGGAUAUAUUGUGCAAAUAAUCGAGCCCUGCACUGAUUGGAGCUUCAAUCCGAAGGAAUUGUACAGGCAUAACACCCAUCAAGUUUCGCUACAGAGCAUCAGGAACAUGCUGACUAAAUAUGACAAGAAUGUGACGAAAUUGAGGCUAUUUACGGCCUAUGGGCUCGAAUACAAGCGGCUAAAGCUGCCUCAGUACCGAAAUUACCCCGAUCUGAGUGUACGGGAGUCGCACGCUCCUCCAGCUCCCAAAACGUCCAAACAGAGCUCAGUGGACGACAUUCUGUUCGAAAAUGGCGAGUCCUCAUCCCUGAAGGACCCAGUGUUAAAACCCAUGCAGCAGAGCGUCAGCCUCUUUGAUAACUUGAAUGCUUGGGGCAUCGAUGAAGCGGCGCUUCGUUCGUGGGACAUUGUGAUUCCUAUGGAGCCCACCGAGCCCAAGGCUCGCGUUGUUCUUCUUAAAAACCAUGAAGAACCGAAGCGGGUGGAAAUGAAGAACGCCGCAACCGAAACCAAAUUGGAAGACUUUGACUUGCUGCGCAACAUUGAAUGCGAAAUGAUGCGAAAGGCGAUCAAAGUCUUUGUGGGACACAACAGGGACAUUAAUCCAAACUACCAGUCAAAGCCGCCGGGAAUGGUGAGAAAGUGCCGGAUCGAGCAGGGAAGCCAAACGGAGGAAAGCCACGAGGCCAAUAUGGAGAUGCUGCAACAUUUUUUCCCGAACAUUUCCUCUAAGGCCAUCCGCUACUGGUACGCACUGUUUAAAUGCGAUUUCGAUUGGACGGUAGAGCUGUUUAUGGUGGAAGAUGAGGAAAACAUCAACGAUGUACCCGAGGACAGUGAGAUGGAGUCGAACGAUCUUGGAGAAAGGCCACCGCUAAUACAUCGAAACUCAAGCACUUCCGAAAGCAGUAGCGAUUCGAAAGGAGCCAGCCAGAAAAUCCGCAAGGAAAAGUUGGGCGGUUGUUCAGAAAAGUCGAAGGCUUUGAAGAAGAUGGUUGAAAGCAAAAUUAAAAUCGCACCCGAACACUAUUCCGAGCAGCUACUGAAAAUCAAGUCCCGAUCGGACUUUACGCCCGAACAGGUUCACCGCCCUUUGGACAGUGACGAAUCCGAGGAAACAUUUGAUGACAAAAACGACGAAGCCACAGAGUUUGAGGAUAUAAUAGAGUUGACCUUGGGCGAAGAUCUGGUUAUGCAGCUGGAGAAAACCUUUGGCGAUCCAAACUUUAUUUUCCCCCAAGGCUUCCAGCCAGUCGUGCAAAUGCCCGUGGGAUUCGCCAGGCAAAUAUUCACAUUCUACGUGGAAUCAGUUUGUCAGCAAAUGGAAGCGCAGAAUCUCGUCCUGGAGGACAUGGUAAAGGAGGACGAGGAAAUGGCCCGUAAAAUGCAACUAAUGGAAGACCUGGCCGUCGGCCCCCCAUGCGAACCGAUUGAAAUCCCGAAGAUUAUGAAAGAGCAACGGCAGCUGAGCAAACUGCGCAAAGAGGCGAGAAAGUGGCAGGAGGAGACGCCAGACACCUUGGCAUUGAUGCUAACCAAGGACAAGCUCUUUAAAAUGUUCCCGUCGCUAGACAGGAAAGAUUUGCUGGAAAUCCUCCAGGCCCACAGCAACAAUUACAAGGACACAGUGGAGACUCUCAUUGCCAGCACUGGAUCGACUUUAGAAUUGGAUGUGACCAAUGCGAUGCAACCGCCGAUUGAACCGGAAUUGUUCCGCGAUAUGUGGCUCGCGCACAACAGUUGCCAGCAAGAGAGUGCAUGCACGGUCGAGGAGGUGGAGGAGCAGAACUGGUCGCCCAUGGAAUACCGGAUAAAAGCGAAUGGAUUGCUGGCAAAACGCACAGAACUAUACGAAAAAGCCAACCGCCAUUAUCAGAAUCGAAACUAUGAAGUAGCGCGCUUUUACAGUGGACUUGCAGCAAAUCAGACGCCCGCUUUCGAACACUAUAAUAGCUUGGCGGCCACGGCGUUUCUCGAUGACCAUUCCAGACGGUUAGAGAACUUUAACAUGCUGGAUUUGCACUUUUUAUAUAUCAAAGAAGCGAUUCCGCACCUGGACAUGUUCCUGGAUCGCAUGAUCAACCUGCUGCGUUUAAGCAGCAAGAAAGGCGGGGAAACGGUGCAGAUUAUUACUGGACGCGGUAAAAAUAGCGCGAACGGUGUGGCAAAAAUCAAACCAGCCGUUAUUACGCGGUUAAAAGAGCGAGGAAUAUGGUACGCACAGCUAAACCCCGGAUUGCUGAAAGUCCGAAUCAAACAUAGUACGAAACUCACCAACGAACUUUAAAAGCAGAGAACUUUAAAAAAAGAGACAGCAAACAGUACAAAAAAACAAGUACAAACCAUGAUUACAAAUUGUUUUCACCCAUACACGUCCCAAUAAGUGAGUUUAUGUAAAAGCUCAUUCACACUGUGACAUCUAAUGUCGCGUCAAAAUGUCAACGUGUGAACGAGCUUUAAGGCAAAUUAUUUGUAUUCUUAGCUCUUAAGGUGUACUGGUUUUUUUAAAUUAAUCCGCAUAUUUUUACGCCUAGUAAAGUAGAACAACAAACAAAUAAAUACGCAGCUUUGCUCAAUAGUGUGGGAAUAUUUUCACAUCCCGCCUGGUGAGUAACACACGUUUUGCUCAAUUGCAUGAUGGUUAUAAUGGGAGUUGUGCUUUAGUAUUUUACUCUGGUUAUGUUCCCGUAUAUGUUCUACGUUAAGGUCGUUGACGUUUGCUCAAAGUUGUAAAUUUAUGACUAGAAUUACGUUUUAUAUGUAUGAAAUAAAAUAAUUUCGCAGUU